ACGACACUAAAAAAAAAAAAAAAAAAAAGAAAAAAGGAGUUCGCCUCCUUGCCUAACAAAUUUCGUCAGCCAAACUUUUUUUUUCUCAGUGGAAGUCUUGAGAGUUUAUUAAAAGCAGAAUCGAAAAGAGGAAGUCGAAUUUGAAGCAAUGAGUUAUAGAAGGGAUCACCGCUCUUCAAAAUCAGCUCUAUUUGAUGGCGUUGAUAAGCUUGAAGAAGGUGGUCUUAGGGCCUCUUCAUCUUUCUCUCACGAAAUUAAGGAGCAUGACAAUGACAAAACUGUAGACAGCUUGCAAGAUAGAGUUGCUUUUCUGAAAAGAUUAACAGGUGAUAUACAUGAUGAGGUGGAGAGCCAUAAUCGUUUGCUUGACCGGAUGGGCAAUGGCAUGGAUGUUACGAGGGGUAUAAUGUCAGGCACCAUGGAUCGGUUCAAGAAGGUUUUUGAGAAGAAGUCCAAUCGGAGAAUGUGUACACUGGUGGUGGGCUUUGUGGUUUCCUUCUUAAUUGUAUACUACCUCAUUAGGACGCUUAGAUAUAUCCGUGGUUGAAGAAACUACAAAAUUCUUGAAGUUGUUCCAUAUGCAGAAGUGAAUGUCAAGUCAAGGCACCAAAAUCCAUUUUUUUUUCUUGAGAACCUGGUACUGCUUGCAUGCCGUUUGCUGGCAUGGCUGCCCAUUGUAAGAAGAAAUGCCAAAUUGCUGUUCCACGAAUUUAAGGCUGGUGGGCCACAUUUGAAUGCUGUAAUCUAGAUUUAAGCCAGCAGUUUUUUGAGCAAAGAAAGAAGCGAAAAAUGUGAAAGAAACAGAGAAAAAUAAAGGACUGGAAUUUAGAUAAUAGUGUUUUGUAGUUAACUGUAAGCACAUGUUGACGAUGUCACAUCAAAGCCUAUUAGCUUCUUGAAAUAUUUUAUGGAAAUUUUCUUUCUAAAACCAACUUGUUUCACC